GUCUUGUAGUAGUUCACAUGUUUGUGUAGUUGUAUAGUUUGAAUUUUCAAUGGGGAAAGCUAGACGGGCUCGUACUAAAUUUCAUAUAAGUUCUGUGCAAGGGGGUUUUGAUGUUUCAUCUUCAGAUUCUAAAUCCCAAACUCAAAAUAAUGACACAGAAAUCAAAGAUGAUCUUAAAAAUGUUGAAAUUAAUGCCAAUGAAAAUGAUAUUGACAGGGAAGCAAAUUCAGCUAUGGAAACUAAUGUUAUUGGAGAAUGGAAAGUAGUUCCUGAAGAAGACCUUUUUAAAAACAUAGAUAUUGAUAUUGACAAAUUGGAAACCAUAGUUCAAGAGGCUGAUGAGCCCAGGCCUGCCACUAUAUCCAUUUCUAAGUGUAUUAAAAGGUCUGUUGUAGAAAGUGGAACUAAUUUGAAAUUGAAAAAAGGUGAUAAGAGAGAACUUAGAAGGAAUUUAUUUAUAAAAAAAAUUGAUGCUAUUCAUCAAGAGGUCAUGAAAAAGAAACCAAAGAAAUCCAAAGGAAAGUCAUCUGAAGUCUGUGGUAAAAAGCAAAUGUAUGAAAUUUUACCUGAAAAAACAUUACCAGUUACAAGUGAAUGUUCAAAAAUACAAAGACCACAAAACCAAUCUUCCAAUGCUAAACAUCUUCCCACAUCUAAAGUAUCUAAAAGGAAACAGAAAGCCAUGGGCAAAUUAAAAAACACAACACAAGAAAUGUUAAAAAAUAUUGAGCUCUACAACCAAAUAAUAUCUGAUGCGCAGUAUCAAACUGAUGCAAUGGGUAUUGUUACCAAUGCUGUUCAAAAGAAAGUUUAUGCUGAUCUAUAAGGCUUUUCCUAUUUUUAUGAAAGAUUAUAAUAAAGUUAGAUUAAGGUUAAAACUUUGUUGUAAAUAUUGUUAAAUAGUUGUAAAAUAUUGUAUAUGAACAGUUGCUUAUUUUCACAUUUGUCUAAUAACAUUAACAAUUGAGAUAUACUGUUGAUAUAUGGCCAACUUAAUGACUUAGAAAAGGAAUGAUAAUUCCUCUUCAACUUUUAUCAAAGACCUAAUGGAAUUUAUAGUUUUACUCUAUUUCCUACGUUAAUUUAAUGCUGUAUGAUAUAUUAUUGUAAUUAUGUAUACAUACUAAUGUGUUAUUGUUG